CAUUUUAAAAGUCCUGUUGAAGAUGAUACGUGUAGAACUUUUAGUUCUCUCUCUCCUAACAGUCUUAUCAGUGGUGAUGGGAGAUACCAUUGGUUACCUGGGAGAGUCUGUCACCUUAUCCUCUGGAGCCAAUCCAUCCUGGCACAUCACCAAGAUAACGUGGUCCAUAUACAACAACGACACCUGGAUCGCAACAUUCAAGGGCAAAAAUAGCAACACAGAAUGGUUCAGGCAGUUUAAGAGUCGACUGAGUCUCAACACCUCGUCUGGUGACUUGGAGAUCAGAGAUGUUCAGAGAGGGGAUGAACUGGUCUACUCUGUCCUCCUCACACACAGUCAGGGGGAGCAGCAGAUCAGUAAGGUACCGCUCACUGUGACAGAGCGUCUCGUUGAGCCUAGUGUUCGAAAGGUCUUCAGCGUUUUGAAGGACGGACACUGUGUGAUGGCUCUUCAGUGCUCCUCUUCGGUGAAGGACACCAGCUUUUCUUGGGAACCAGAGGCUUCGUUUGACGGCUCCUUCUGGAGGGGGAGUCCCAAUGUCUCUGUUGUCUGGACGUCUUACAGCCCCAACAGAAAUGUCACCUUCAUCUGUACUGCCAGCAACGGGCUCACUAACGCAUCUAAGGUUGUGAGGGAGAUAUGCCAAGAUGAACAGCCCAAGCCUGACGUGGUGGUGGAGGGGGAGAACCGCGUCCCCGGGAUCGUAAAGUUGCUCUUAGGAUUUCUGUUCGGAUGUCUUUUAACAUAUAUUUUCAGAGAGUCCCUCACAUGCUUAUCAACCAGGUUCAACAAGUGUGUUGGUGUUUUGGGGCGUUUUUACAGGAGUCAAAGCAUCAACAAGGUGGGUCCUACACUUUCGGGAGUUGAAAAAGACUCCAGCCUACCUAUAGAGAGGAGGUGAACAUUGUAGCCGUCAACCCAAAACUCCAGCCUACCAAUAGAGAGGAGCUGAACAUCGAAGCAGUCAAACCAAAACUCCAGCCUACCUAUAGAGAGGAGUUGAACAUCAUAGCUGUCAAACCAAAACUCCUGCCUACCUAUAGAGAGGAGUUGUCAAACCAAAACUCCUGCCUACCUAUAGAGAGGAGUUGAACAUCGAAGCUGUCAAACCAAAACUCCAGCCUACCUAUAGAGAGGAGUUGAACAUCGAAGUAGUCAAACCAAAACUCCAGCCUCUGUCACAUGAUCUUUUUAGUUUUUUGCAAAUUUUCAGGAAAGUUAGGAACCAAUAUGCACAGGCAGUUAGGAAAGCAAAGGCUAGCUUUUUCAGAAUUUAUUUUGCAUCCUGUAGCAUAAACUCCAAAAAGUUC